UUUUAAAUAUAGAAAUAUUUAUUAAGAAUAAAAAGUUAUCAAUAACAUGAAUCCCCAAUUUCCAAGAUUAAGAGAUAAUAGAAGAGGCCCUAUUCUUAAAAGAAAUGCGAUCAGUCCUAUAUUUAGCAACUUCGGAUCAAAUCCUAACGAAAAACAGAAAAAUAGAGAGAAAUUUGUUCCCUUUGCAUCUUCACCAAUCCAGCUGAAUAGAACCUUAAGAACUGCUCAAGGCAAAGAAUUCAGAGAUCAGUUUGGAAACUAUAUUGAAAAGUUUGGAGGUUUACACAAUCCUGGUUUUUCACACAACAAUUUGUUUGAUAAUUCCUCUAAUGGAUGGAACAAAUUUUUGGGAAUUAUAAAACAAACACCUACCCAAGAAAAUACUGUGAAUGUUAUUAAGAACAUGAAGGCUAAAUAAGAAAAUAAUUGAAUCUGUUCAUAGCAAUAAGAAUAAAUAAAUUGUUAUUGGAGAACGAGAACAUUCUUAAAUGCUAUGCAUUUAAUACCUUCCUUAAGGAAAAAUCAGAUGGCAAAAAGAAAGGUCUUGAUAUCCAGUUUAAAAGAAAUAAAAGAGGGAGCUCGGCAAAGAGACCAAGCAGAACUGAUACCAGCAAAAUGAUUGUUAGCUUACUUGGGGAUACUCACUUUUUAAAUGAAGUUAAGCAAAGCACCAAAGAGCUAUUCUAUAAUGAGACCAGAGUAAAAUCUGAAGAAACCCCGAUAGAAAGAUUGACAAAAAUAAAGACUCCUACAAACAUGAGAGAAAAAUUUAAAGAACAGCCAAAAACUUGGAAAAAGAAGAUGACUCCGAAAGAUAAAUUAUUGACAAUUCAAUACACAAUGAGAAGUAGUAGAAGGAUUAAAGAUAUCCGAGAUUCAAUGAAGAGAUGCACUCUAUUUACAAGAGAAUCAGUGUUCAAAUAAAAAUGGCCAACAAAAGUUCAGUUUCUUAAACAAAAGUGAUAGAAACAGCGCAUUUUACAACCUGAUAAAGUUGAACAAUCUGUCAAGUACUAAAAAGCAUGAAGAAAGCCAAUGUAGCUUCUCAACUGAAUCUGAGAAAGAAAAUGAAGAUACAGUAGACGAUACUGAGUUUGAUAGACACAGAGGCUUCUUAAUUCCAUCUAUGAAUCCGCAUUAUUCUAUUGUUUCUAGUAAGAAGAGCUUUACAGUCCAAGAUGAUGUUAUUAACGAAGAUGAAGAAGAUGACGGGCAUCCUCUUGAUAGCACUCCUAAACUUAAUGAGUUAAAAAAUAUUAAAAAGAAUUUUACUGUGGUAAAAUCUAGAGAUCAUCUUAGCAAUAUUGAGAGAGCAAAGAAAACAAUCACUAAUUUUUCUGGAUUAAUAAACUUAAAAUAA